AGGAGGAGGAGGAGGAGGAGGAGGAGGAGGAGGCAGGGAGGGAGAAAGGGAGGGCAGGGGAGAGGCGGUAGAGGUGGAAGAGGAAGGGGGAGGAGGAAGAGGAAGAGGAAGAGGAGGCCGGGAGAGCGGCGGGGGAGGGAAGGAGCAAGACGGAAGGAUCGAGUAGCAGAGCAGAGCAGAGCAGAGCAGAGCAGAGCAGAGCAGAGCAGAGCAGAGCAGAGCAGAGCAGAGCAGAGCAGAGCAGAGCAGAGCAGAGCAGAGCAGAGCAGAGCAGAGCAGAGCAGAGCAGAGCAGAGCAGAGCAGAGCAGAGCAGAGCAGAGCAGAGCAGAGGUCAUUGGGAGGGAUGCUUCACCAAAGGUCGGUCUCGGCUCCCAUCUUGUCAAAGACCGUAA